AUGGCACCAGCUCCCACGGUUGAGGACGUCGACAUGGACGGCGCCGCCACAUACGGCGAGGAGGACGAUGAAGCUCAGAGACUCAUCAAUGAGGAGUACAAGACAUGGAAGAAGAACGCGCCUUUCCUCUACGACAUGAUUCUCAGCACUGCCCUUACCUGGCCAACACUGACCGUCCAAUGGUUCCCUGAUGUCAAGGAGCCUGAGGGCAAAAACGUCAAGAUCCACAGAGCUCUGAUCGGAACCCACACCUCGGACGACAAGCAGAACUACCUCCAGAUCGCCGAAGUCGAAAUCCCAAAGGCCGUCCGGCCGAAUCCUCGCGAUUACGACGAGGAGCGUGGUGAGAUUGGCGGCCACGGCAAGGGCGACAAGACAGCAAUGAAGUGGAAUAUUGUGCAGAAGAUCGACCAUCCCACCGAAGUCAACAAGGCUCGCUACUGUCCCCAGAACCCCGAUUUGAUCGCAUCCCUCACCAGCGAUGGCAGCAUUCUGGUCUUUGAUCGCACCAAGCACAGCAACACACCCAACGGAAAGGUCAACCCGCAGAUCAAGCUGGUCGGCCAUGAGCAGGAAGGCUUCGGUCUUGCCUGGAACCCCCAUAAUGAGGGCCAUCUUGCAUCCGGUAGCGAGGAUCAGACGGUGCGUCUUUGGGAUAUCACGGCGCUGCAGGCUGGCCAGAACACCCUGAACCCCACACGAACUUAUACCCAUCACACUAGCGUCGUCAACGAUGUGCAGUAUUCCCCGAUAUGCAAACACUUCAUCGGUACUGUCUCCGACGACUUGACCCUUCAGAUCCUCGAUGUCCGUCAACCAACGACUACGCAGUCCUCCCUCGUUGCUAGAGGCGGUCACACCGAGCCCAUUAACGCGCUCGCAUUCAACCCUUCCACUGAGGUCUUGGUUGCCACUGCGUCGGGUGAUAAGACAAUCGGUAUCUGGGAUUUACGAAAUGUCAAGGAAAAGGUCCACACCCUAGAGGGCCAUCAGGACGCAGUCACGGCCAUCUCGUGGCAUCCACACGAGGCUGGUAUUCUUGGAAGCGCUAGUUACGACCGACGAAUAAUCUACUGGGAUCUUGCUCGUGUUGGUGAGGAGCAGCAACCCGACGAUCAAGAGGAUGGUCCUCCUGAGCUCCUUUUCAUGCACGGUGGUCACACCAACCAUCUUACAGACUUCAGCUGGAACCUCAAUGAGCCUUGGUUGAUGGCUUCGGCUGCAGAGGACAACAUGCUGCAGAUCUGGAAAGUGGCCGAUUCGAUCGUAGGUAAAGAUGACGCCGAUAUCAGUCUCGACGAGAUGGGCAGAUAG